GUCCCUCGCCAUCCCUUCUUCAGACAACAUGGCGGAGUACGACCUCACCUCCAAGUUGGGGCCGUAUUUGGACCGCCAUUUGGUCUUUCCUCUUAUGGAAUUCUUAUCCGUCAAGGAGAUCUACGAUGAAACUGACUUGCAAAGAGCAAAAUUGGAGCUUUUGUCCAAUACUAACAUGGUGGAUUUUGCAAUGGAUAUCCAUUCAUCACUUUACCCUGAUCAGCCUGUUCCUGCAGAACUUCCAGAGCGCAGGUCUAGAGUUGUGUCAGAGUUGAAACACCUUCAGACAGAGACGGACCCCAUCUUCAAAAUCUUCAGUGACCCUGAGGUACAGAAGCAGAUGCAGGCAUCUCGUGACCAUCGCACCCUCAUGCAAUACCUGGUUGAAAAGCAUGAUUUCCAGCAAGAAAUGUUGGAUACCUUGUACUCAUUUGCCAAGUUUCAAUAUGAGUGUGGUAACUAUUCUGGUGCUGCAGACUACCUUUACCUCCAUCGUGGUUUAGUGCCCGUCAGUGACAAGAACUUUCUGAAUGGUCUGUGGGGCAAGUUGGCAUCAGAAAUUUUGACUCAGAACUGGGAAAACGCACUUGAAGAUCUUAAUCGCCUCAAGGAGUUCAUUGAAAGCAACCUUACAACUUCACCACUUCAGGCCCUCCAGCAGCGUACCUGGUUGAUACAUUGGUCACUGUUUGUGUUCUUCAAUCAUCCCAAAGGUCGGGAGCUAAUCAUCGAGAUGUUCCUGUACCAGCAGCCAUAUCUGAAUGCCUUGCAAACAAUGUGUCCACAUGUUCUUCGCUAUUUAGCAACUGCUGUUGUUAUUAACAAAAACAGUAGGAGAGCUGCAAUGAAGGAUCUUGUGAGAGUAAUUCAGCAGGAGAGCUACACGUACAAGGACCCUAUUACAGAGUUCCUUGCCCAUCUCUAUGUUGAUUUUGACUUUGAUGCUGCCCAGAAAAAGCUCCAACAAUGUGCUGCAGUUUUGGAAAAUGAUUUCUUCUUAGUUGCCUGCCAGAAUGACUUUAUUGAGAAUGCAAGACUCAUGAUCUUUGAAUUGUUCUGCAGAAUUCAUCAGUGCAUCAGUAUCAACAUGUUAGCCGAGAAGCUAAACAUGACACCCAAGGAUGCCGAGAGGUGGAUCGUGAACUUAAUUCGACAGGCUAAGCUGGAUGCCAAGAUAGAUUCUCAACAAGGCCACGUGGUGAUGGGUACCCAAGCAGUGUCGCCGUACCAGCAGCUCAUAGAGAAGACCAAGACUCUCAGUUUCCGCACGCAGAUGCUUUCGAUUAACGUAGAGAAAAAGGCAACGGCAAGAUACAGUGAAGGACCAAGCUGGGCUGUAACUAGUUAAAUGCCAGUGAAUGACUAGCCAGAGGGUGUCACCUUGCAGUGAAAGAACAGCUCCCUGUACAUCCGUUGCUAUCAUCCUGAGGAGGCAACGUAAGAAAAAAAAAAUAUUAGAUGUAACAUUUAUUCUAAUAAACUAAACAAAAUUA